AUGUGGGCCAGACCCGGGAGUAAUGGGCUAAAGAUAUGUCAUGAGGAGGCUAAUGAGCCCCAGAACCAAUCCAAAGCUCUGACUGCAACUUUGACAUCUGACCCCAGAGUAAAGGAUUCUGGGAAGAUGAACCAAGACGAGAAGAUGCAAAUGCUUGAGAUGGCUGGGAAGACCGGGGCGCUGGUGCUAACCUUGGUGUACCGAGAUGGAACAACUCAGUUAGACCCAGAACAGAAGCUCACUCCAGCAGCGUGUGGCCUGCUCGUACUGAUGACGAACAGUCUCCACCUCAGCACACCAGAGGACUCGCUCAGGCCAAACGACAGUCUGAUCUACUUAAAACUAGAACACACACCUGCAUGGGCCCAGCAACACACACUCCAGAGUCAGGAGCUCUUUACUAGAGAUAUGCUGCUACAGGUGCUAUCAAGAUCUCAACUGGUGGUGUGCUAUAAAGCCAAGGAUUUGCUUCGUACAGCUCUGCAGUACAGACGAGACCUCAGCUGGAAACAAGUGGCAGGCUGUCGUAUCCAGGACCCACAGGUGUCCGGGUGGCUACUGGAUCCUGCAAAAUCCUCGUCCUGCUACCAGGACCUUCUCAAUAAACACAGCAAAAGACCGCAUACAACACCUGCCCUGGGUACCAAGAAGGUUUCUCAGGUCAUCUCAGGUCUCUAUUCGCUCCACUGCCUUAACAUGGAGCUAUGCUUUAAACUACAGAGCCAGGGGCUGUGGGAUCUAUACUCAGACAUGGAGCUGAACAUGAUCUCUGUUCUGGCAGCCAUGGAGAGCCAUCGCAUCCAUGUGGACAAAGAAGCUCUGAGGAGAACUUCAGACCUGCUGGGGGCCAAAAUGAAGCAGUUGGAGCAAGAGGCCCACCGAGCAGCAGGACAAAUAUUCUUGGUCACCAGCAACACUCAACUACGAACAGUCCUGUUUGAGAAGCUGUGCCUCCACGAGCGCUGCGAGAACAAGAAACUUCCCAAAACCAUCAACAAACGACAGCAGUCAACAUCAGAAGCUGCAUUGUUGCAGCUUCAGGACCUGCACCCUCUGCCAAAGAUCAUUCUAGAGUACAGACAGGUUCACAAAAUCAAAUCCACUUUUGUCGAUGGGAUUCUCUCAUGCAUGAUGAGCAAGAACUACGUUUCCUCUACGUGGUACCAGACGAGCGUGGUGACGGGGAGAAUCUCAGCCAAGCACCCAAACUUCCAGGCCCUUCCAAGGCAGCCACUUCAAAUCACCAAGAAACAGUACAUCGAAGGUAAGGAGGAGGAGGUGGUGACUGUUCAUCCUCGGGCAAUGUUCAUUCCUCAGGAAGGAUGGACUUUUCUCGCUGCAGACUUCUGCCAGGUGGAGCUGCGCCUGCUGGCUCACCUUUCCUCUGACCCUGAGCUGCUCCGCAUUUUCAUCAACCCGCAGGGGGACGUCUUUACCAUGUUGGCUUCUCAGUGGAAGGGGGUGAGUGAGGGUGAGGUGACUUCUGAGGAUCGGGAACAUGCCAAACGCAUCGUCUACUCUGUUGUUUACGGGGCAGGUCGUGAACGUCUGUCAGGGAUCCUCGGGGUGAGCGCUGAGCAGGCCAGCCGCUUCCAGGACAGCUUCCUGCAGAGUUACAGAGAAGUCCAGGCCUUCAUCCAGAGGACCAUCCAGCAGUGUCACAAACAAGGCUACGUGCUCUCCAUCAUGGGUCGUCGACGGACCCUCCCUAACAUCAACUCCCCUGAUUGGGGCAUCCGCAUGCAGGCUGAGAGGCAGGCUGUCAACUUUGUAAUCCAAGGUUCUGCUGCAGAUCUCUGUAAGAUGGCCAUGAUCAGAAUCUUCAACCUGGUCUCUUCCUCCAGCUCGCUCUCUGCCAGGCUGGUAGCACAGCUCCACGAUGAGCUUCUGUACGAGGUGGAGGACUCCCAGGUGGAGCAGUUUGCAGGUCUGGUGAAGAGCACUAUGGAGUCCCUUCAGCACAUAGACCAUCUAGGAGUCCAUCUUAAUGUCCCCCUGAAGGUGGCGGUCUCCUGUGGCAAGUCUUGGGGAUCCAUGUCUGAGCUUGACAUCCCUCCAAUGUCUCCCUCUCCUUGUCUUUGAGUCCUUCCUCCUCCCUCCCUCCCUCCCUCCCUUUCGCCGCCUCUUCUACCCCCACGCCUCUGCAUUUAAAAUACU